AGUACGUCAUCUUGAGGGAAAUUCAAACUUUCACUGUAUUUCUGAUCAAGAAAACAACGUCCCUCGUUUGUGUUCAGCAGUAAAAAUACGAGCUGUAGUUAUUGUGAAAAAGUUAUUAACAAUAUAUAUAUGUGCUUGAGGCAGAAAGGUAAUUGUAAGUGAAGCGGCUUUGGGGACAUUAUAUCUUUUGCUUUUCGUUUGACCUGUGCUGGUUAAUGUAUUUCUGCACAAAUGGAAACAAAGUAAUUGGACUGAAACAUCAUUGUCAGCAUCCGAGUGUUAUACUUAAAACGGCGAUCUGAGAAACCGAGUUUCUAAUAUUUCCGGAGUCAAGUCUUUCCAGAAGGAUGUCUGCCGACAGUUCAGCAGAGCUGCUCAAAUACUAUGAGCUGUAUGAGACCAUUGGCACAGGUGGAUUUGCCAAAGUGAAGCUUGGCCGACACAUUCUGACAGGGGAGAAGGUUGCAAUAAAAAUAAUGGACAAGAAGGAACUUGGGGAUGACUUGCCCCGAGUGAAGACUGAGAUUGAGGCCAUGAAGAACCUCAGUCACCAGCAUGUCUGCCGCCUGUACCAUGUUAUAGAGACGACAAAGAAGAUAUUCAUGAUCUUGGAGUACUGUCCUGGAGGGGAGCUCUUUGACUACAUCAUCGCGAAGGAUCGCUUGUCUGAAGACGAAACCAGAAUAUUCUUCCGCCAGAUUGUAUCGGCCAUGGCCUAUGUUCACAGCCAGGGCUUUGCACACAGGGACCUUAAACCAGAAAACUUGCUCAUUGAUGAAAACCGGAAUCUAAAGCUGAUUGAUUUUGGUCUGUGUGCAAAGCCGAAGGGCGGCCUGGAGUAUCACCUGAUGACCUGCUGUGGCAGCCCCGCCUACGCCGCCCCAGAGCUGAUCCAAGGCAAAGCUUACAUCGGCUCCGAGGCUGAUGUGUGGAGCAUGGGAGUGCUGCUCUUCGCCCUGCUGUGCGGGUACCUACCCUUUGAUGACGACAACAUGAUGGUCCUCUACAAGAAAAUAACAAGAGGAAAAUACGACAACCCCCGCUGGCUCUCUCCUGGCAGCGUUCUGCUUCUCAACCAGAUGAUGCAGGUGGACCCAAAGAGGCGCAUCACAGUCAGGCAGCUUUUGAAUCACCCCUGGAUGAUGUCGGGCUACACCAGUCCAGUAGAAUGGCACAGCAAACAGCCACUCGGUCAUAUCGAUGAGGACUGCAUUACAGAGAUGGCCGUGUACUACAAACGAUCAAGGCCAAGCAUGACUCAGCAUGUUUCGGAAUGGAAAUAUGACCAAACAACUGCCACGUACCUGCUGCUGUUGGCUAAGAAGAAGCAGGGCAAGCCUGUACGUCUGAGAACGCUCUCGCCUGCAAACCUGGCUCCCAGCACGCCAGUCGGAGGUCUGAAGUCCCAAAAAAUGCUCGGCUUCUACAAUGACUCAGACGGUGCUGAAAUCCCUCUGGUGUUUGGAUCCAUGGAGUUUGCCGACGAAUGUGGUUUUGAUGAUGUUCCAUACGCCCCACUCACUCCUACACCUCAGAAGAGAUCAAAGUACACCUCGGACACGGAGAGCAGUGAUGUGGAGUGGCCAGCCUUUGACAGAGAAAGAAUUCACUCUAAGGCCUCCGAAAACAAGGAGAACAUAAGUGGCACUGCAGCCAGCAAGAAGACCGGUGCCAAUUUUGCUCUGCCAGCGCCCAGGACCCCAACCAACAAGAAGAGCUCACGGGCACACAAACCCGUUCUGACGGCUCCGAAUCCCAACGGCGCCGACGGGCCCAAAGGUACUCCUCUGUGGAAAUUGAUUGUUCCUUUUCGAACAUUAAGCAGUAGCAGCGGUGACAAGGAGGCCCCCACAAAGAAAUGUCCAGACCCCGUGGCAGUAGAAGAGCUCACACUCAUGUCCUUCAGCCCGGAGCGGAGGUCGCGCUCCCUGGAGAUAGAGGUGAUCCAGGCUCAGGUGGACAGCGCCCAGAAGAGAAAAGGCACAAAGGUGUUUGGGAGUCUAGAGAGGGGCUUGGACAAGAUGAUCACCAUGCUGACCCCCAGCAAGAAGAGAGGGUCCAGGGAUGGACCUCGCAGAAUCAAGGCACAGUACAAUGUGACGUUAACAAGCCAGCUAAACGCAGAUCAAGUCUUGAAUCAGAUCAUCAGCAUCCUCCCUGAGAAGAAUGUCGACUUUGUACAGAAAGGCUACACCUUGAAGUGUAAAACCCAGUCUGACUUUGGCAAAGUCACCAUGCAGUUCGAGCUGGAAGUGUGUCAGCUGAGCAAGCCAGAGGUGGUGGGGAUCCGGAGGCAGAGACUCAAGGGAGACGCCUGGGUCUACAAGCAUUUAGUGGAAGAUAUACUGUCCAGUUCCAAAGUAUGACAGGAGUCUUGUGAGGACGAACUGUAGCACAUCAGUGCAAAGCUCUGCAUUACAUUCUAAAGUGACCUUCCCCAUAUAUUGUAUCACUUCAGCAUUACACCAUAAAGUAUAAAAACCUUUGUUGUUUUCGUGUUA